CAGAGAAUCGAAUCGAAGGAAUCGAACACUGUCAAGCAUGUCGUCCAAGUUGGAACUUUCCUGGCCGGAGGAAUGUCAGCAUGUAAUCUUUCGCGAGCUCGGAACUCACCUCACCCGCCAGGAACGCUUCCGUGCCGCUACCGCAAACUUUAGAAAAGCCGUCGCAGCUGCACCGGGAGCGAUUGAUUGCCAUUAUCUGAAAAGUGUGGCCUGCUUCCGGAAUUCCGAACUCAAGGAUGCCUUGACGAGCAUCCGGGCCGGACUAGCCGUCGAGCGGGAUGAGUUGGAUCCCCGGGGGGUGGACUUUCCCUGUUCCCUUCAAGAGUGUCGAACCGUGUUCGAGCUGGGUAAAUUCGAGGAGCACGUGAAGGUUGCCUCGAACAAGAGGAUUCACUUUACCGGCCAUCGGCUGAAGGAUAUUGAGGGGGAGAUUCAACUGGCAACCCGAAACUAUAAGAAUGUGUUGGGAAAACGUGCGGGGCCAUGCUUGCAGGAGCAUCGUCAUCGGCUUAAGCAGAUUAGCGAAGAGUGGGCGCAGGAGGGCAAGGUGGAUCCGACACCAGCCUGGAAAAGCAAACUUCAGCGAGGUGAAUGUGAUGUCGUUAGUGUGGUGGAGCUGGCUGAGAAACAGCUACAUAUCAGGGAAAAGAACCGUCAGGAAAAAAAUCUUAAAAUGCUUGGUCAAAUAUAUUUGAACCACGGUUGGACAGAUUUGGUGUUCUUAAAUUCUCUGCGCAAAGGAGGAGUUUGGGAAAAAACUGUAAAUCUCCCCGAGGCGGAAGAACGUUCCAAGAUGCUUUCGGAUACGGUCGAGAAAUGCUACGGAAGGGUGGAAGCAGCGUUGUUGACCCUCCAAUCAAGAUAUCCUGUGUAUACCUACCGCAGAAACAGAUUCGGAUCGUCAGAGAAAGCAGCUGACUAUCUCAUGGAUAAUAUCUUUAAAAUCCGUUACAAAACCUAUCGGGAUGUGCACAAUCAGCUAGACCACAUGCACGAGCUUCGAGCGGCCGAAAAGUUGAACGCUUUGCGGGAGUAUGUGGGUGACACGCUUUGGAACCACUAUCAAAUCAAGACGGAACGAGUAUUCCCGGAUCGGUACAAAUUUGUGAACGAGAUCUGCAACCUAGUUGGGCUGGCAAUCACGGAUAGCUACAAGGUACCGCCCAAGCUGAUGGACGAACCUCUGAAAGGUAGACUGUUGAUACUCUUCAAUUUGCCCCUGGCAAAGGAAGACGAAGUGGUUGUACCCAUCUUUGGAGAUAAGUCAACCUACCGUGAUCCGGCUGCGCCCGAUUAUGGUUACAUCGCUUACAAAAACAAAAUCACUCUGCUGGAGAAACGAAUACCAUACUCCCGAUAUCCGAUCGAGAGGGCCUUCCUGUACAACGAGAUGUGCCGUCACCACUUGGCGGCAAGCAAACUGGACGAAACUCGGAUCAUGGCACGGAAAGUAAUCUGGGAAGCCACCCAAAGUGGAAGCAAUUUGUGGAAAUUUCUCGGAGCACUGGCAAUCGUCCGGGCGGACUGCAGCCAGAUGAACCUGGAAAAGUUGGUCGACUCACUGGACGAAGCAAGCCAAGCUGCUCUGGCUCUGGAGGACGAACGGUUGGAUCAUGUUAUUCGGGUGGCUACCAUUGUUAACGGGAAAUUGAUGACUAAAAAAAUGGAGGAAAGAAACUCGAUAGAAAUUCGUCGCGUGGAACUAGGCUAGAAUCCGUAUUGCAAACCCAAAAAUACAAUCAAAACGAAAUCGUGAC